CAUAUGCGCUGUAGUGGGAUUCAGCGUGCCACUACAACAUGCACACAAAGACUGCAGCUUCUCUCUUCCCAGAUCACCAAACCUGAGGAUGCGGGACUUUAUUUAAGAUCGAGAAUUGGAUAAUUUUUUUGUAUAAGGCAUCUGUAAGUUAGACAUAUUGGAUCCUCCCUGUUUAUAUUUUGGAGAAACCCGGGAUUUGGUGCGGGAAAGUCGGAGUCCUCGGCUGCCUGUUGGUGCACAAAGACGCGCGGGUCGUUGUUGGAUUCAAUCUGCAGUCCACUUAACAGCAACUGCAUUGCCACUAACGUGGGAGAAUAUGUAUGUAUUAUGAAACUAAGCGCCUGGAGCUUUACUUGUGAACUCUUUGAGGAUCACCACGCUUGCAUCUACAUAAGGAGUGAAAACCAUCACUCUUUAAAACAACUACAAUGUGGUACGCAAAGUAAGUAGAGGAAAUGUUGCCUCCAAGCUCAGCAGGACUGUGACUUCAAGCGCGUGGCCGCCGACCCGUGAACGCUGCACUCGAUGUGGAGCUUGUCGCUGUCCGACGCGCGUGUGGUGCUGAAAUUUGGAUGAUGCCCAGCCUGCGACUGCAGGGCUGCCGCUCCCUGCACCUGAACGAAGACAACGGGCGCUUCGUUUUGCUCGCCGUCCUCAUCCUGGUGUACCUGCUGUGCGGCGCUGCAGUUUUCUCAGCCAUAGAGAGGCCCUCGGAGCUGCGGGCUCACGGCCGCUGGAACGGGACGCUGCUUAACUUUAGUGAGACGUUCAACAUCAGCCUACAGGAGCUCAACUCUUUUCUUCGGGAGUACGAAGCCGCUAUAGCCGCCGGGAUCCGGGCUGAUGCACUAAGACCGAGAUGGGAUUUUACAGGCGCUUUUUAUUUUGUUGGAACUGUGGUGUCGACUAUAGGGUUUGGGAUGACGACGCCUGUGACAAUUGCUGGGAAAGUGUUCCUGAUAUUUUAUGGGCUUCUGGGCUGCGCUGCCACUAUCCUCUUUUUUAACCUCUUCCUGGAGCGCAUUAUAACACUCCUGGCUGUUGUAAUGAAGGCUGUGAGAGAAAGAAGAAUCAGGAACAGCGGUCUCCUUCCACCAGGAAUCCGGCAUGACUUCUCAGCCUACUCUCUCCCAGGAUGGAAGCCAUCCGUGUACCACGUGAUGCUGAUUCUGGGACUGUCAGCCAUAACCAUCUCCUGCUGUGCGUCGGCUAUGUACAGCCCCGUAGAGGGCUGGGCAUACUUAGAUUCACUCUACUUCUGCUUCGUCACCUUCAGCACCAUUGGCUUUGGCGACUUUGUCAGCAGCCAGAGUGCUGCCUACCAAUACCAAAGCCUCUAUAGGGUGGCCAACUUCUUCCUAAUGCUAAUGGGCGUCUGUUGCAUCUACUCACUCUUCAAUGUAAUUUCUAUUGUUAUCAAGCAGGUGCUCAACUGGAUGCUGGAGAAAAUGAGCUGUUUGUUUUGUCAGCGUUGCAGUAAGGCAAACGCCCUCCUGGGCAGGCGCAACGCCAUCCGCCCAGGCUCCAGGGGUCGUCAGAGUCGGUUCAGUCAUCAGCCUGACUCAGACGGUCCAUGUGAUAGUGACACUGAAGGACGGAGGCUAUCAGGGGAAAUGAUCUCCAUGAAGGACCUGGCGGCUUCAAACAAGGUGUCCCUUGCUCUCAUGCAGAAGCAGCUGUCUGAGUCUGCCAACGGAUAUCCCAGGACGGUCUGUGGCAGCUCUCGCCAUAAUGGCUUCUCUGGGGGCGUGGGGGCCCUUGGUAUCAUGAACAACAGACUGGCAGAGACGAGUAACUCCAGGUAGAACAUGCAGAGAGGAAAACAAAGCAUCCAAACAUCUCUCAACUUUAUAGUGGAACCCUGCAGUUCUGCUGAAAUGGUACCUUGUUAUGCAUGUCAUAUAUCAUUUUUAUACUCCUGACUGGAAUUAAAAACCUCUUCUAAGGAUGAUGGCAUGAACAGAGAAUCACAGAGCUCCUCUUAAAGCAUGGUGACAGCACUCUCAACCUAAGACUCAAAAAGAAUGAGCUUUAAAAUAUCAGCUCUUGGCUGGAAGCAGUUGGUGCACCCAGUCAGUUCAUCAGACCUUUUAUGGUUGAAUCAUUGUGCUGUAAAAGAGCCAAGUGAAGCAAACUGCACAGUUUUUGCUUUCUUGGAGUGUUGCCAGUUCAUUUGAAUGUACAUAUGCUGACAAAAAAAGUAUAACCGCUGACUGAUAUAGCACAUACUGAUCUAUGCAUUAUAUUUCUUGUACAUUUUGCACCAUUUUUCAACGUUUCCUUUCUUUUACCCCUAUCCUGCCUUUUGUUGAUUAAUUUCUUUUCUUGGGGCCAACAGUGAAAAGUAGACCUUCACAUCAUGGCCAUGAUGUAGCUGAUUUAAAGGGGGUUGUAGCAUAGGACAGCUUUCCAGUGCUACACCAACAAGCUACAAAGAGAAAUUUCCUCUCUCUGCAAAUGGAAAAAAGGAAAAAGAUGAAGAAUGAAAAUCUGUUUCUUGAGAGAGAGAAACUGGCCUUCUUAUCAGCUAUAUGCACAUGUUUGAGUGGCCAGACACUGACUUAAAGGGUAAAAGAUGGCACCAACCAUAUCUUUCUUUCACCAUGCUGUAUGUUUCAAGCUAAACAACUCACUGUGAGGAAAAUAAAGAGUUUUUUUUCUGUUUGGUAUUAACUGCAGUGUAUUAUAAAGAAAUUGCAAAAAGAAGAAAAGGAGAAAAACACUAGAUAGGUUAAAGAUGUAUGAGGAGGUCCUUUUCACUAGAAUGCAAAGGUUUUCAUGAAACAUUUUGUGAUUUCAAAAGGAUUCAGCUUAUCCAAUAUAUAUUCAUACAUUUCUUAGAUUUUGGCCCUUAAUUCCACAUGUUUCAAUGUAUUUUAUAGGGAUUUAAUGUGAUAUAACACAGUAAUGCACACCUGUAUGCUGAAUUGAUAAAACAAAAUAAAGAGGAGGGUUCCCUAGUUAUGCUUAGCCCCCUGUGACACCCCUAAAUCAAAUAAUAGAAACAAAACAAUUAGAAAGUCUGUUUGCCCGAAACUAAUUUAAAUAGACAGCAAGGACCUAAAAGAAAAUGGUCUGAAUACAGGGGACAAAAAUCUACAUUUAUUGGCCCUCCUUCAGAAUGGACAGUCCACAUCAGUGAGGAGAAUGUCACUUAAAAGAGUAACUAGUUAUAGCUACUAGUUGAGUAAGUGAAUGUACAAUCAACGUAACUAAAUACUAGUCAAAUAACAAUGCAUUUCCUUUUUACAAUCUAAGAUGUUGAAGAAUUUGGAAAACUUUCCUGAUAUUGGAACUUCAAUACAAAUUGUUAAAUUAUUAAAUAUAAGAUUUUUGAUAUAAAUUAUUGAAAUAAAUAAUUUAAAAGGUUUCGUAUCUGAAAAACAUACACUAAUUUGUACCAUUUUGGUGUAUGUGGCUAAACAAGUGAGUUACAAUAUGAUCAUGUAGAAUUAAACAGGGGUCACACCACUGGAGAAAAACACCCAGCAUAACUGCAGAUUUACAGCAUUUCUGGGGGGGAAAACAGCAGUAAACCAUGCAAGUGAACUCAGUAUACCAGAGAGCAACAUGUGGCAAUGUUAGGUGCUUCUUUAGAUCAGAGGUGCUUCUAACAGAUGUACAAAUUCUUUUUUCUGGCACAUAAUGAGUAUAUCGCAGGAAUGUUUAGCUUUUGAUUCUAGAUUUACUUUUAGGGACUCUCAUUGGCUCUGUGCCAUCUUCUCUCCUCUCAGCCUGUGUUCAAGGUAAGGUGAACACCCGCCCACAUUACAGGUUCUCAGCCAAUCAGCACUUUGUAUGUCACUAUAUCAGCUUUACUUGACCCUCAGCUAAGAUCUGCCGCUCAUAGUUGCUUUGAUUGAUCAAGUUGUAGUAACACGCUGCUUUAGAUUGCAGGUAUCGCACUGUCUAUACUAAUGUGUGAAAAGUAAUUGGUUUGUUUUUUAAUGACUAACAAGCAAAGUUACAAAUUUAAUUUUUUAGGUAACAUUAUUACUCUCAACACUGUCCCUAAACAUAGUGUAUCAUGGUAAUGGCAGAACCAUGCUGCGUAGAUUGUUUUCUCUAGCAGGUACAACAAGGCUAUUCAUUGGAUUAUGUGGAGAUAGAUGGUUCUUAAUUCAAGGCAAACCAUAAAAUAAACCCAAAAGAGGCUCCAAAAGAUAAAAAAUAAAACUGGGGUGAAGAUUCAACUUUAAGCAGGACAGCUGUAAACAUUUGAGAUGGUUUUGAUCCAAACAAAUGCAUGUCAUAAUGACCUAAUCAAAGUCAAGUUAUUAUCAGGUCUUUUACUUUUAAUAAAUCUAGAUGAAAUUUGAGAUACGUUAAUAUUUCCUGUAAAAUGCUCCACUUAGUGUUUGUGACAAUAAUGCUUGUGCAUCUAAUUCUGAAAAGGUUUUAAAGGCAGAGAACAUUCUGAAAAAGAAUUCACACAUUAGGGGGGUAAACAUUUAAAGCCUGUUAAAGAUUCGCCAUCAUCCAGGACAAGGUUAUUUUAAAAGUUUAAAGCAAAACAAAAAAACAACUAAACCUAAUUUUUUGGCGGUUGAAAUUUUUUUGAUCUUCAUCUGAAGGCUGUUAUUCUGCAGAUGUAAUUCUCAUGUGCAGAUUGGACUCUCCUAACAGGGGAUUGUUGGUUCCAUUAUAAAAGGAAAAUAAAACACACAAAGGAUUCCAUUGCAUUUUUGGAACGUCUGAAAAAACUCAGAAAGAUUUUCUUCAAAAACAGUAUCAGUGCAUUUCAGACAUAACUGAUCUCUCAGACAGAGGUUGGUUAAUCCCAAGGACAAAAUUCUUAAACACAAACUAAGCUCCACAAUUCUCAGUUCAGUCCAGUGAGGAAAAUUUAGACUACUUUACUAAAGAAUCUAAUACGGCUCUCCAAGAUAAGGGACUCUCUUCUGGGGGUCAAAUGCCAGUUAUUUCUUGAGAAAGGACAAGAAAAAAGGAAAUAGAGGAAGAAACAUUUAAACAUUAAGCUUGAUGUUCAGUAAAAUUCAAACCAAGCACCUCACAGCCACCAUUAGUGCUGCUCAAAGUGGGCACUAACUCUGCUCUUUGGGGAGUUUGAGCUGUAUGGGAUUUAAAUCCAAAACAAGCCUAAAAAGCUCAGACGUCUUCCCUACUAGCUUUGAACUGAGAAAGCUCUUUGGAUAAUGGAUGAAAUGUUUUCAUCAACAAAGCCAAAGACCAGGUUUGUUGUUUUUUAACCUUAUUAUAUGUUUGCAUUGACGGAUCAGUUAGAUUUUUGUCAGCUACUGGUAAAUUAAUACAAAGGUCUCAUAUAGAAAUUUGAGCAGAGAUUUUAACUGCAUUUAAUAAAGACAUUGCUGUUUGGAAACUCAUAUAAUAAUCAAAGCUGUUAGAGCAGAUUCAAGGGGAGCAGCAGAGUACGUUUGUGAUGCAAAUAAGAAGCGAUGACUAUAAGAGUUUGAAGGAGGAAACAUUUCUGAAAUAACUCUCUAUAGGACUGUAAAAUCAAAAUCUGUGUUUAAAACAGAUCCAACGGACUUAGAAGUAGAGAUGUAGUUUAUGCUG